CGUAUACUUGUAUUUUGUAUGGGCAGUAGUUACAGUACCAGAUACGAUACAUACGGUGCAACUGCGCUCGCCGCUGCGCUGCCGGCUGCGGCUUUGCCAACUUCUCAACAUCUCAACAUCUCAACACCAAUCUUUCUCUCCUCCUCCUCCUCUCUCCACCAGCUUUCAGCUUGACGUGGUUUAGGUGGCUCCCGCGUCACUUCGCUUCGUCUCUUAUGUCGAUACAUGUUUAUUAUUACGGCAACCAGCAGUAUGGAUGAAUCUGCUGCUUCUGCUUGGUUUUGCUCCUUCAAACUUUAAGCUUUUAGCCGACGACGACGACGACGACGACGGCUACUGCUUCUCUUGAAACUCUGCGGCCAAAGCAACCGCCCCAAAAGUCCCCAAUAUAACAUAUCCUUGAAUCGGGAUUCCCUUUCUAUCCGGAUAUCUCCCUUCACCGGUUUUGGCAAACGCUCUCUUGAAUCCCUUUGAAGGUUGCAACCCCGGACCCGCCGAACACCACGGUUCACCCGUGCGGGUAGGGUCAUACAACAAAACAACCUUAACCCUAAAAGCUCUCCUUCUUGUAUCGGCAUACUCAAGGUAUAUUAACUUGAGUUCGAUACAUCAUAGAUGACCCACUAGAAAGCAUAUGCCCGGAGGUAUAAACCUUACUAGAAUUAUUCUUAUAUUUCACAGAACCAACCCACCAGCAAAAUGGCUCCUCCCAAGCUAAAAAAGACCUCUUUGAGCCCUCCCCACCAACAUUUUGGAUAUAAAGACGACGAUGCUAGAGCUGCCAUAAGAGCUACGCGCUUCGUAAGUGCACGAACAAACCGCUCCUCUCCACGCUCAACAAGCUCGCCAUCUAGACUUGACGGUUCGGAAGACUCGCAACCUUUCCCAUCAGUGCACGACAAGCGCUCCGCUUCACUAGCCAACACUACCAUUCUACCUUCGCAACCAUCAUCGAAACAGACCUGGAUACACGACAACUCCACAACCAUGCCGUUCCGUGGGCCGCGAAGUGAUCGAUCAACCAAGCCAAAGGGGACGAUCAGAUCGCAUCUCAAGAGAUCUAACCAUAACGACUCGACAUCCAUCGACCUUGAUCGAUCUGCCCUUGAAAAUGAAGGACUAGGAAUCUAUACGAAUCUUGACCGCGAUCGGAGGUACGCUGACAUUGCUUCGUCCCGGAGAACUGGGCGGACCUCCCACAAUAGAUCUACAAGUGGGACAUCGCAAUUUUCUGCCACAACUUCGUCUACCACACAUAAACCAGGAUCUCAAUAUGUUCAUCCCAUGCGCCUGACUCCACGGCCCUAUACUCCGCCUAUAAGUCAGUCCUAUCAAAAUUCCGUCCUUGAGAGUGAACAGUCUACAGACGCCGGCCAGUUCAGCACGGACUUGGAUGACACAACGUCCGUCAGUCGGGAUUUCGCGCCAGCAUCGGAGACACAGCCAUAUCAGAUCAACACUACCUCAUUUACAAAUAUCUCCGCCCCAGUCCUAGCAAACCAUGCCCGAGGGAGCUAUGAAACUCCUUCACCCCUUUCAAGAAACUCUCUUGAAUUUACCUUCCGCUCAAGGACCCGUACCAAUACGGACCCGGCAGCUAGAGCGGCUGCCGUCGAGGCUGCCCGACAAGCGUUUGAGGACAAAGAGGCGGCCAAACAGCGCAAGCUGGAGAAGCAAAGCAUGAAAGCCCAGAAUCGUGAACUCCGACGACAGGAGAAAAAGGAGCAGCAAUUAAAUUCACUGUCCACCGCAGCUUCCCUCCGUAGACGCUCCAAUGACAAGAGAAAUUCCUCUGAAGGCCGCGGUUCCGGUCGCAAGUCAAUCAAUGAGAAGCGCGGUGAUGCGAUUGGUGACUAUGACUAUACGCAUGGUAACCGCAGUCGCACAUUUGAGAGCCCGAAGAGCGCUUGGGUUCUAUUCAUUACCUGGCUGCGGACAAAGCUUUUCAAAAUGGGCAGGAAGUUGAGCGUGAAGAGGAAGUCUUGAUUUUUUUUUUUUUCUUUUUCUUUUUUUGGGUUCUUUAUUCGUCUUUAUUACUACCAUGAGAUUUAUCGCCACGUAUAUCUAUAACGACCAUGACGAAGUGAGUUAGCGUUCUCUCUCGCUCUCUCUCUCCCGCACUCUGUCUCUCUCUCUCUCUGUUUCGUGUGUUAUAUUUUUUGGCUUCUGUUUUUAUAUUGCGAACUUCGGCGGGAUCCGUGACCAAGGGCAAUGACUAUAUGCGUUCUAUAUAAAGUCCCUAUUUUCGUGCACAGGGGCGAACAAAGUCGAGGUUGUGCACGGUCUACCUGUGAACAGUUUGGUAUGGCGUUCUUGUUCUGGAUCUUUAACGGGUAAGGCGUUUUUAUUUCGUGCAAGGAUGGGCAGGUUCCUUCAUUUCCUUCUGCUGUCAGGCUUUUGCAUCUAUUUCCUCUCCGCAUCUCAUUUUCAUUCUCCGGAGGAAAUUUUUCACGGGAUACCUCCAACUGAGUCUCUUUUAUUUUUAUUUUUUUUAUUUUAUCAUUAUACGCCGGCAUGCUUGGUUGUUUUUCCUGUGAUGGCUACAUGGGUUUUUUUGGGCGUUUUGACUGAAUCAAAGGAUGGGAAACAGCAGCAUCACUAUCGUCUUUCUCGUUUAUUUUCUUUUCUUUUUCAUUUUUCAUUUUUCAUUUUUUUAUUCCGUUGCUUGAAAAGACGGGUUGGCCAGCUUCCACUCAUUUUCAUCGGCGUGUACACAGUUUUAGUUUAACUACCUGACGAGAAUAUCCUAGGGUUUCUUGAAAGCUUGAGUGAGUCUUUUCAGGUAGCAUUGCAAUCCAGACUGGUUGACCAAAAAAAAACAGA